UCAAGAUCGAUCGAUCGGCCAAACAAUGAAACAAGAAAGACGAGUAAGUUAACAAAGAACAUCAUGAAAAACGUUGACAAACGUGAAAAAUUUUAAUUCGUAAAUAGACUCAUCUAGUGAUUCGUGCUAUGAAUCAAAGGGAAACUCGUGUAGGCGUGAGACUGAAAAAAUCAUUAACAAAGUCCUAUCGAUCAGCGAUUAACGGUGGAAGUCGUUCGGUUCGAAAGAAAAGUGCGAGAACGAAGAUGCUAUCGGUGAAAAUCUCACCAUUACGAGAGUCCAACGGCUGGUAAAUCUUCGAUAGAAGUAGCUGAAGCAGUUAAUUGAACUCGAUGAUCGGCUCGAAUGAGGUGGCAAGGGCAAUGGGUCCUUGUAUCGCUUUUGGCAGGUAAUCGUCGUUGUGCCACGGUGGCUAAAUGAAGAGGGAUCGUUUGGUGGGCCGGUGAUCGAUAGCGGAUACCGCUUGUCGCCGUGCGAGAUUCGAUUCGCGAUGGAACUCCUUCCGCUGUUAUUACUUUGCCUCCUGAUCGCUCAGCCAACCGCCUAUUCCCUUUCGAUCAAGAGUAAGCUCAAUCCGCGGAUCGUGCAAACUCGCUACGGCGAGGUUCAGGGCUUGAUCAGGUCCUUCGAGAACGCAAAGUUCCUCAAACCGAUCGACGUCUACCUUGGAAUACCCUACGCUACACCACCCGUUGGGAGCAACAGAUUCUCUCCAACAAGGGCGCCCAGCCCUUGGGAAGGUGUCAGAUUAUCGGACUCGGUCGGUCCAGUUUGUCCUCAAAAACUUCCAAACAUCUCGAUCGAGCAAGAGGCUCUCGAGCGCAUGCCUAAAGGAAGACUGGAAUAUCUGAGAAGAUUGCUACCUCAUUUGCGAAACCAAAGUGAAGACUGUCUAUAUUUGAACAUCUACGCUCCUGCUAUGGGCAUGACGGAAAGUGGUAGGAGACAUCCGGUUGUCCUCUACAUUCACGGUGAAAGCUACGAGUGGGGAAGCGGAAAUCCUUACGACGGCAGCGUCCUAGCCAGCUAUACCGAGCAAGUGAUCGUGACGAUCAACUACAGACUGGGCGUGCUAGGCUUCCUGAACGCCAACGUGGCGCCUGAAACGAAGGCGAGGGUGGCGAAUUACGGUUUGAUGGAUCAAAUCGCGGCUUUACACUGGGUCCAGCAGCACAUUGCACUUUUUGGCGGCGAUCCCGAAAACGUUAGCCUCAUGGGACAGGGUACAGGAGCUGCCUGCGUUCAUUUUCUUGCUAUCAGUCCGACCGUCAUAAGAGGUCUCUUCAAAAGAGCGAUACUUCUCUCGGGCAGUGCAUUGUCUUCCUGGGCUGUAGUCGAGGAUCCUGUCUUCUAUGCGCUAAAGCUCGCUAGAGCGAUAAAUUGUACGAUUCCCGAGGACCUACUCAAGGACAACGAGUUGAUAGUCGAUUGCCUCAGGGAAAGCAGCCUUGAGGAAUUGAUGCAGAUCGACAUACAACCGCCAACUUUUCUCAGCGCCUUUGGACCGAGCGUAGACGGUGUCGUUAUCAAACCUGAUUUCCAGAAGGACCUUUUGUCCUACCUUGGCCCAGAAUUUCAAGGAUUCGGACCACUCCCGAAAAAAGCUGAACAUGGAGCACCCAUAACGAGCAACAAUAAAUACGAUCUAUUGUUCGGCGUCACGACCAGCGAGGCUCUUUGGAAAUUCGCUGAGAAGGAUGUGCAUCAAGGAUUCGAGGGUGAAAGGAGAGACAGGAUCAUCAGGACUUAUGUCAGAAAUGCUUACAUCUAUCAUCUAACGGAGAUAUUUUAUACGGUCGUCAACGAAUAUUCCGAUUGGGAACGGACGGUACAGCAUCCGGUGAAUACAAAGGACGCCUGUGUCCAGGCACUGAGCGACGCGCAAUUCGUAGCACCGCUCGUUCAAACUGGUGAUCUUUUUACUCUGAGGCACACGAAAAAACCAAAUAAUCCUCACAUCGCGCCACCGCCCGAGAUCGAGAAGGAACCAAUGCCAAAAACGUUCUUUUACGUUUUCGAUUAUCAAAUGAAGGACGGCGACUAUCCACAGAAAAUGGGCUCCGUUCACGGUGAGGAGCUACCUUUCGUCUUUGGCGCUGCUUUGGUCGACGGAUUCGCACACUUCCCGAGGAAUUACACGCGAUCUGAGAUGGCACUAUCGGAGAGCAUCAUUCAAUAUUUCGCCAACUUCGCUAGGACCGGAAAUCCAAAUAGCGCUGAUCAUCAUACAAGAAACGACACGCUUUUACCCGCUAGUAGAGAAAAAAGUCGUUUUCGUAGUCUCACGUGGGAUCAAUACGAUCCGGUACAUCAAAAAUAUCUCGAAAUUGGAAUGAGGCCAAAAGUAAAAAAUCAUUAUCGAGCUCAUCAGCUCUCUGUUUGGCUACGACUCGUACCGGAACUUCAUCGUGCUGGAAUGGAAGACGUUGAUUCGAGACACAAUCUUUUCCGAGGACACGCCGAUCCAAGUCUUUACGAUGGUUUGGUCAGGCCAGAUCCUUUGAGUAGAAUCACCGAAGAAUUUAAAAGAAAGAAUAUAAGCACUGAACCACCUACCACAACCGACUACAGCAUAACCACGUGUGUCAGUCUUAUUCAAAGCACAAAUCUUCAAAAUGUGCACAACGCCAGCACCGAUACUUUGGCGAGUCUCGAUGCAACUGGAUACGCUGCAUAUUCUACGGCAUUAAGCGUAACGAUAGCGAUCGGCUGUAGUCUGCUUAUACUGAACGUCCUUAUAUUUGCUGGUGUCUAUUAUCAGCGAGACAAGACGAGACUCGAGGUCAAGAGCCUCCAGCAGCAACAGAUGUUGAAUCAACAGUGUGGACCGCGCGGUUUCACGGAGUUGAAACAACCACCCUCGUCACAUUCACAUUUUCCUGGUAGUGGUCAAGUUAUCGUUGACGUUGAAAAUGAAAUGCUCAGAAGAAACGUGAUGAAAGGGCCUCCGAACGAGCCUAACACUUUACAAGGCACACACACCCUGCCGCAUCAACAUCAUUAUCAAAAGCAACAUCAGCAACAACACGCUACGCUUCCUCGUGCUUCGGUCAUGCAGGACAUGAACGCGCAAACUCAAGGACCACCGAAUGGAUCUAUACACCUUACAGUACCACGUGCUCCACCACCACCCCGUGCGAAGAGUCCUCCAGAAAAUCAACCCCUUCUGCAGAGUACAACCGUCUCGAGUCGUGUCUCGCAAGCAACGAUGAGCGAAAUGCGAGUCUGAUGCUUAGACCCCCCUCCAAAGCCGGUCGUCCCGGACGUUCUAACGGCGUCGACCUUGCUCUAAAUCUCCUUGUCUAAUAAAAUUACUAACAAUAUACAACAGUAUAUAAAGACGAGAGGAGAUCGGAGGGGGGAAGAGAGAAACGUCCGAAACUAUUCUAUGUACUUUCAUGCCCUAAACGCUUCGCGUCUUCCUUUUUAAUAUAAAUGGAAGAGGGAAGAGAAGAAAGAUAGAAAGAAGAAAAAGAAAAAAGAAAUAUAACUCGAAUCGCGUUUUCAACGAUCACAUUUUUGAUCGAUUAAAGAACUAACGAUCCGCGAUGAAUUGUAUAAGCAUCGAUCGAAUUCUUAUCGAUCAUUUACUUAGAUGAUUCGAAGUCCGAAUUUGGCCGAAAUGGAAGAACAAUCAAACUAACAAUUAGCCAAGAUCUUUUCUCUCUGUAAUUAUUAGAUAAAUUAUAUCGGGUGAAUCAAUGAUAUUUCUUAUUUUCUUAUACCUUUCAAUGAUAUCAUUCCGAAGCGACGAUUGAAAUCGAAGCACGGUGUAAUACGUUGCGUAAUAAAUGAAACGUCUUUGAUUAUUUUGUAUUUUAAAGUCGGUAAUGAAAUUAUUGAAUCACCAUGUAUAAUUUAACGUUUACCUAUAUUGAAUAAAGUCUGUUCAAAUGUGUAUACGUGUAUACGCGAAGAUUAUCAAGAUUUAUUCAUGAAACGAGAGAAUUUUUUUAGACGAAAAUUACUUUGUUUAAAAGAAUAUAUAUAUAUAUAUAUAUAUAUACACACGUACACACAAAAUAUAUAAAUAAAAUACAUAGAGUUCUGUUAAAAAAAAAAAGAAAAAGAAAAAAGAAAGAAAGAAAGAAAAUAAUAAUAAUAAUAAUAAUACAAGAAUAAAAAUAAAUAAAAUUUAAAUCCGUCACAUCGCAUAUUUCCCUCGAGAAAUCGAGAACACUGUUUUCUUUUCAAACAAUUCUUUCGUAUUUUGAAUAACUUAAGAAAUAAAAUAUGUAUAAAAUACGUGUAUACUCUUUGAAACAGGAUAUAUACCGUGUAGGUAUUAACGAUAAGAAGGAGAGAUGGAUCUUCAAAGAGGCGAACGAACGAUCAAAAGAAUAAGAAUAAGGAUAUGGAAAAGAGAAAGAGAAAGAGAAAGAUUUAAAAAAAAAAAAAGACAUAAAUAAAAAAGAAAUAAGUAAAUGAAUAAAAAAUAAAUAAAGAAAUAAAUAAAGAAAUAAAUAAAAAAAGAUUAAGAAAGAGAAAAGAAAAAGGUAAACAUGAAGAAGAAGCUCGUGUAUAAAUUACUAAUCCACCACGAUGUUAGAUGUUCCUUGUACAUACAUAACGUAACACUUUAUACCGUAAACCCGCCAAAGUUUGCUACUUUCUAAGAAGAAAAACGUGGAAGAAUAAAAGAGGAAUAAGCGAAGAAGAAAAACUUCGCUAACGCGUAUCGUUUCUUCAUCCGUAUUUUGUUUCUACAUUUAAGAAUGCUCGAACGAGUGCGUAUGCUCGUGUACGCGUGUGGGUGUGCGAGUAACGCUCAAGAUGGACAGAAUAGAAAGAGAGAAAAAGAGAAAGAGAGAAUGCGUGUGUGUGUGUGUGUGUGUGUGAGAGAGAGAGCGAGAGAGAGAGAGAGAGAGAGAGAAAGCAAAGAGCUUUGUACAUCUACAAUGAUUCUCCUCUUCGUGGCUAUUAGACGAUCCUUCAAAGUCACAAGCGAAAGCUUGUCUACUCGAUUAUUUAUCUCCUAUCGCAAGCACAUCAAUGAUUUAUACUGAAAGUGACACUUUGAAGCGAUGCCUAUGAUUUAUUACAGCGUCCGCACGUUCUACGAGGUACCGCUGUAUUAAGAUUUUAUCUAUUUUAUGCGUACACACCAAUGUCGCAUCCGACUUGACCAUCGAACAAUAUCUUUCUUGUUUUUGAUAACAUGAAAAAAAAAAAAAAUAUCAAAUUCGAGAUCGAAGUUCUCCCGUUUUCUCUUUUCUUCUCUCUCCCCUUCUUUUUUUCUUUUUUUUUUUUUCUUUUUCUUAUCAAUGGGAAAAGUCGGACAAAAAAAUAUCGGUGAUUUAGAGACGUCGCACUGAAAAUAUGAAUUUUAGUAAACAAAGCGUUGGGCCAUUCGAAAAGAAAAAAAAAGAGAGAGAAAGAGAGAGAGAGAGAGAGAGAGAGAGAAGAGAAAAAGUUAUAUCUACUUUUAGAAUACUUUACGUCGUUAAAAACAAGAGAGAUUAUUUAAAUUAUACAUUUUUGAAUGGUAAUGGUAACAGUGAGUGAAAGAAACAAUCAAAGAAAUUCAAUCAAAUCUUUUUACUCGUCUCUAAAUAUUUUUUAUGGGAAUUAUUAAUUUCAGAAUUAAUAAUUAUUACUCGUUAAAUAUUACUUGAGUUGAAAGAAAUAAAAAAUAUGUCGAUGCUUAGUCAUUGAAAAAUGAUCUUAUCUGUCUGUUAUCACGAUGUACAAAGCUGUCUUAAAAAAAUUCGCAUAUUGCAUCGUUGCUAUUGCCGUUGUGAACAUUAUGCAUCGACGUAAGAACGAUUGCUAUAUACACGCAUAUUUAUAUCAUUACGAGGAUUUCAAAGUUUCGAUGUUACUAUAUUUCAUUUUAUAUCGUAACUCUUUAUUCGAUGUAAAUAUGUUUCCUCGUACUUUAAAUACUGCCAUAUUAACCGCUGCCAUAUUUUUAUUCUUUACAAUGUAUUUUAAAAAUAUCGUGAAAAAUCAAUGAGUGUAUAAAGGCGUGGACAUCGAUACCGUCUAUACUAUACAUAGAUAUCACUAAAAUAUUGAUACAUAUCGAUAAGAAUCAAUAUUAUAUUAUAAAGAAAUAAAUUAAUCAAUUGACAAUGUAAUAUUGAAAAGUUAUUUAAUUAUGUAUCAAGUAUAUUUAACGAAAAACAUGAAAUAUGUGUAACAAAGUAUUACUUAUUGAAGAGAUAGUUG